AUGGGUCAGGCGGGUCCCGCGUCUGCAGGCUUAGUACCAAAUGGGUUCGAGCCACGUGUUGAGGGUCUCAAUGAGCACACACUGAUCUGGUGUAGUGUGAAGGGGUACGAAGUGUGUAGUGAAGCAAAGAGGGGACUGGCGCAGAACAGAGAAAGAGUAAGAAGAAGCAGAGAGGGAGAAGGAGAGGCAGCUCAGAGUGUUUAUUUGAAGAGUAUGUUUGUCAAAGUAGUGUACUUGGAGAAGUUAUUGGUCAAUUUGAGAGUACUGGAAGAAACUGGUGGGUCUUGUUUAGCAGUAUUCCAUGCUAAUGGCAAAGAUUGA